UUGUGCCUUUGUUAUAUAUGUCUAACACGAGCAGUGAUCUUCUUUUAUCAUCAUAAUUUUCUCAGCUUUCCAAGAAUUGGUUGUUGAUUUUCUCUUUGAUCCAUGAUGUUUCUUCGUUGGUGCUGCUUUGCAUGUCUCUUUCUCUUGGUGGGUUUGAGAGCUAAUGCUCAGAUUUAUAGAAAAGUUGGACAGAAAAAGCUCCCUUACUGGUCAAUAGUGGUGGAUCCAUCAGGGCAUGGAAACUUCUCCACCAUACAAUCUGCCAUUGAUUCAGUCCCUUCUAACAAUAAGUAUUGGGUUUCCAUCAAGAUCAUGGCAGGUACCUACAGAGAAAAAGUGACGAUUCCUAAUGAUAAGCCUUACAUCAUUCUAAAAGGAAAGGGAAAGAGAAGAACUGUUGUUGAGUGGGGUGAUCACGAUAAUACCUCGCAGAGUCCUACGUUCACAUCCAUGGCUGGGAAUAUUGUUGUCAAAUCCAUGAGCUUUAGGAAUUCAUACAACAAUCCAAUGAAUGGUAAGAGCAAUGUUGUAGCUGCUGUAGCUGCGAUGAUAAGUGGCGACAAGUCAUACUUUUUGAGAGUUGGGUUCUAUGGUUUUCAAGACACUUUAUGGGACGACGCAGGAAGACAUUACUACAAGCUUUGUACCAUACAAGGUGCUGUUGAUUUUAUCUUUGGUGCAGCCCAAUCUUUAUUUGAGAGGUGUUCUAUAUCUGUGAUUGGUGGGGCCCUAGAUCCGGGCCUUCCGGGCUUUAUAACGGCCCAAGGGAGAACAAAUUCAGAAGAUGAAAGUGGGUUUGUUUUCAAAGAAUGCAAAGUGUUUGGAAAUGGGACAACAUACUUGGGGAGGCCAUGGAGAAGUAAUGCUAGGGUUUUCUUCUAUAAGACCAAUAUGUCCAACAUUAUACAACCUACUGGUUGGAAUGCAUGGAAUUUUGCUGGACAUGAGGGUGGCAUAACAUUUGCAGAGUAUGGAAAUUUUGGAGCAGGUUCAGACACGUCUAAGAGAGUGAAUUGGACUAAGAAAUUGGAUUUAAAAACAAUUGAGAACAUGACAAACACAAAGUUCAUUGACACUGAUGGGUGGCUUCAGAACCUACCCUCCUAAAAUGGAAGCUGCCACAAAAAAUGUACUGAACAAACAGCAGCUUCAACUAUACCAUUUGUAGUUCUUUAGUAGAAUUAAUUAUUUGUGGUUAUCACUCAUCUUCAUGUGACAUUGCUAAUUCUUUUGUUAAUAAAAAUUCUAGUUACGUGUUACAUAAAAAUUAAUUCUAGUUUAAUAUGUGGUUAUCAUUCAUCUG